AAUCUUUACACAAUGUUUGGUUCAAAAAAUUUGAAUAGAAAAAAAGAAAAUGAACUACUCCCUCUGUCCAUUAAUUAAGUUCCUGGUUUGACCGGGCACGCAUAUUAAUGCAUGAUAAAAAUUGUAUUGACUUUCCUAAUUUACCCUUAACAUGUCUACUACCCCAAAUGCUUCUCCACCAAGGACGGAGGGAGUCAAAGCUACCGCGGACGACUCCCCUGCAGCGCCGACAACGAUUCUCCGGCAUUGCCGCCGCUGACUCUCCAGCACCAUCGCAGAUGACCUCUCUUGCACUUGUAGCCACCAUCGCCUCCACAAUCCCCACCCAAGUAAAUCUGUUCUGGAUCUUCUCAUGGAAGACAACACAUCGGUAAAAGAGUAGAUGCAAGGUUUUAAUGGCGUAAAAACUCGUCUAGAUUCCAAAACUGACUCCGCCUUCUUUUCUAAAACGUUUAGCUUGUACCCAGCAUCAGAGGAUUUGUAGAUCUAUACCAUCACUGCCAGCAAUGUCGAAAGAGGAGCGGAUCUUACCGCCGGCUCGCUGCUCCAUCAUUAAUUUCGAUCGCCGCCUCGCUCCCAAUCAAUGGGUGGUAGGCCA